GUUUAUCAUCAUGGAUGUCUUCGAUAUUUUGAUAAGUCAAUAUUGGACAUUCCUGUCUGUUUUUCUGAUUAGCAUUUUAAUGACAAUUUGUGGCGGAAAAGUGCGCAGACAAAACUCGAAACCAUCGAACGAAGACCAACAACAGCAACCUGUGUCUGAGCCAAACUACGAUAAAACUCAAGAUAUCCAAACAGUUGAACUUCAAGAGGAUCCACUUGCAAAUGUUCGUCUUCUAACACCAACACUUCCUGGUGGAUGUAAUGAUGAGAAUGCGGCAAAAGAAGCUGCGCUCCGUCAUAAAACCAAUCAAUACUUCCCAAAGUGGGAAAUCCAAACACGGAGAAUAACGAAUGGGACCACGAAGGAAGAGAUGAAGAAGAUGGUUGCGCAAUUGCCACAACAUCCGAAACAACGGUACAGGAAGGAGUUGAGAGUUCCCGUGUUGGAUAAGAGAAACGAAAAAUGGAAAGACGCCCAUGUUCAUUGGCGAGAGACUGGUUUGGCCUUUAUUAUCCGAAGCAAUGAUGCAUGCCGAUCGAAAGAUGAUGGAGGUUGUGACACGAUCGAUAGCCAAAAUAGUAAAGAAGACCAGGAAAGAUCGAAGGUGAACUCUGAAAUGCCGUUGUCCGACAAGAAGCCCGACCGAAAACCGCAAGAAACACCUCGUCGCAGCAAACAACGGACUCCUGGUCCAAUGAUGCCUACUCAAAAAUCAUCCAAAAAAUCAGCAAAAGAACGGAAAUUGGAGCCAACUCAGGAGGAGACCAUGAAGAGCGGCGGCGGUGGUGCAAAAUCGGGACGAACUACUCCAAAGACAGCUGGAAUGGCAACUGCAAAUGCACCUUCGAAUACAGAAUCUGGAAAGUCGGUGUUUUCUGUUUGAUUGUGAUAAUCUUGAAUAAUGGGAUUUUGUUUAAAUUGUUUUUUUUCAAUUCAAUUCAACAAUAAUUCAACAAUAA